UACAUGCUGCACAAAAUGAACACUACCAUGAGUGAGUGUGCAGUGAAUAUGUGUUAUCUGAUGACUGACCCCUCGCUCAACCUCACCUGUGACUUUUCCUUGGCACUCUCCAACUGGACCAAUGGUACCGCCAACCCUCAGCUGCCCACUUUCAGCACAGCAGCCAAAGUCAGAGUCAUCAUCACCUUCAUCCUUUGUGUCAUAUCUGCAUUUUGUAAUCUGGCCGUGCUGUGGGCUGCACACUGUGAUGGCAAGCGCAAGUCUCACGUCCGAGUCCUCAUAAUUAACCUAACUGUGGCAGAUCUACUGGUGACCUUCAUAGUGAUGCCAGUGGACGCCUUCUGGAACAUAACUGUUCAGUGGCUGGCCGGGGAUAUUGCCUGCAGGCUCCUAAUGUUUCUGAAGUUGCAAGCUAUGUACUCAUGCGCUUUUGUCACUGUAGUGAUUAGUCUCGACAGACAGUCGGCCAUUCUCAACCCUCUGGCAAUCAAUAAGGCUCGAAAGAGGAACCAAGUGAUGCUGACUGUAGCAUGGGGCAUGAGCUUGGUGCUGUCAGUACCACAGCUGUUCCUCUUCCACAGUGUAACUAUUUGCCAUCCAGUACACUUCACACAAUGUACCACUCGAGGGAGUUUUAAUUUCCAAUGGCAUGAGACGGCCUACAACAUGUUCACCUUCUCCUGCUUGUUCCUGCUACCACUGGUCAUCAUGAUCACCUGUUACACCAGGAUUUUUUGUGAAAUAUCCAAACGUUUGAAAAGGGACAACUUGCCACCAAAUGAGAUGCAUUUGCGAUGCUCCAAAAACAACAUUCCCAGAGCCCGGAUGAAGACUCUGAAGAUGAGUAUUGUCAUUGUGGUGUCAUUCAUUGUUUGCUGGACUCCAUACUACCUGCUGGGCCUGUGGUACUGGUUCUUUCCUGAUGACCUGGAGGGAAAAGUGUCUCUGUCUCUGACUCAUAUCCUCUUUGUAUUUGGCCUGGGGAAUGCUUGUCUUGACCCUAUCAUCUACGGCCUCUUCACCAUCCACUUCAGAAAAGGAUUGCGAAGGUUUUAUCACAAGGCUGCUGCACCAACAGACACAGAGAAUAACACCGUCAUUACUGGAUCCUUUACAUGCAAUGUCAACUCAUUGCAAUUGAAGGAGGUAAGCCACAGCGCCCGGGAGAGCUUCAUGUUGUUGAGCAAUAAUCAUGUGCUGCAAAACAAUCCAGACUCAAAAGAUGAGUGUGUCUUAUGA